GGCAAACCCCCGGAUUGCUGCUGCUGCUGCAGAAGACCGCCUGGUAAGCCAGCGUUGGGAGACGGUCAGCCUGCCAGUCACAUCGGAUUACCCUAAGCGCCGUCGCAGGUUAUGACAAGCCCCCGCUGCUAAUCGGGAAUCAUUGGCUUAAUUUGGCGCCGUGUGUUCGGCGCCUAUCUAUCUACUUCCUUCCCGCUGCUGCCUUGGCCGCGCAUUCUCGAGAUCAAGAUCCGUUACAGGAAGGGUAUUGAGCACCACACGCAUACACGCCACGAUGGGUUCCGCAACUAAUUUUGCCAAAACCAUCAUCAUCCCCGCCUUCAUCUCCCUAACGCUCUACCUCCUCUUCUCCUUCGUGAUCAUCCCCUUCUUCCGUCGCUAUCAUCAACGAUACUCGCAAUAUCUCCCACUUCAUACUAUUUCUGCGCACACUACAACACUCCGGGAUCGUAUCGCGGAUGCCUUAAUGCGACGAUUCCUCCCGUCGGUUUGGCGACAAUCACAAUUCGACGAUCAGCACGACAACAUCAGUAUAUACGAUGAAGAAGGAGAGAUUAUGGUAGGGAUGGACAUGGACCCAUCACGGCGAGAAGCGCUCGAGCGCCGACGGAGUACAGCCGGGGAUGCGGAGAGUCGAUUGAGCCGUGAACUCGAAGCGGGGUUCAUGGAUGACAGUGAUGAUGACGAGAGACAUGCCCAUGCUCAGUCACGUCGCUGAAUUCUCUCGCCUUCUGUACAUAUUACAUUACCAUGUUAAAGGAGCAAUUGGCGUUUGGGAAGGGAAAUAAAUAUGAUAGACAUCUAUUCUUUGCUGAACCUUUGCGGUACAGAUAAAGCCCAAGGCACGUCUGUCUGAAUAAACUCAAUGGCACUACUAAGCUACCUGCAUGCGUACAUAAAACCAAUGCAUGCACUGAUAAUCACCUCAAGGGAUAUCUACUCCGUCCGUCCGAAUUUAUCUAUUUAGUAACUCAAUCAACCCACCCCUUACUUCAUUCAUCUCCAACCCCACGUCACAACUCUGUUCUCC